AUGGAAGAAAGGGAUACGGGCCUCAUUGAGAGUACCCUGGAUCAGCAAGCUUUCGCUAGGGGUCUUCGGCAUGAAGACUUAUCAAACAUCUUGCUUACGCAACAUAACUUGCUUUCUCGCCUAGAAAAGACUAAUGCAAUGUUGCAAACGUUAAAUGAACUUUCAAAUCAUCGGCUGGAUUUACUUGCUAGUCAGUUGCGAGCGAACACUCGACUUCUGAUUUCAAUGAAACGCGAACUGGUUACGAUUCUUAGGAGAGCUGAGUCAAUGAAGAAAACUCUUAUGAAUCAAUACCCGCCUGAGUACGAGCUAGCUUCUGGUACUAUUGAGAGUUCCUGGAAAGCCGAACUAGAGGCUGAGUCCAGGCCAUCUUCUGAUGUUCAACCUUCCACUCUCUUCCACCCUAUGAUCCCCCUUACUGACAUUGCACUCUCCGCCUUUUCGGAUCUGAUUUUAUUUGAUGUUUUGUUUCUCCUUGUCGCUCUGGUGAGCAUAUGGGUGAGGCAGCAAACAGCUGAUGUGAGAUCCUAUUGUUUUGGAUAUGAUCGAUUCGAAGUGAUUGCUGUUUUUGCAUCAACCAUUUUAUCGAUCCUCUCAUCAUUCUAUCUUCUGAAGGAAGCCGUAGAACGCCUUUUUGAUCCCGUUGUGGUGGCUGUUGAAUAUAUGCCUUGGGCAACUCUAGUUUGU